AUGGAAGAAGAAUUCAACGGAUUUAUACCACCAAGUGCAAACUCUCCUAUACCUGAAGGCAUGAAAAUACUACCAGGAACCCAAAAGGAAGACAAUCCUCCUAAAGUUAAUGAUUACCAAGUUGCGCCAGUAGUAAAUGAAGAACAUUUUCAAAUGAAUUUAGGGGGAGUAGUUCCAUCAAAUUGGACAAUGAACCAAAUUGCACACUAUGUCAAUUUUGCCGGACCUGAUGAUAGUGUAUUUGCUGAAAAGGCCAAAAACUUAUUGCGUGAAAAAGGAUACAAUGUAUGA